AUGUGUUCUUUUGUGAGAGUGGAGUCCCCCAAACCUUUGCAAACUUCAGCUUCUCCGUUAGAGAUGAGUUCCCUGAGAAGGACGAGAGCACCUGAAAUCUCGGAACUUGGACUCACCCCAGAACAAAAGGGCGAUAUAAGAGACAGGGUACUUAAGGGGUCAAAAUCUCCCACGGAGCUGGAGUUUCAAAUGAGACUAGAACAAGAUCGAAGAUGGAGGGAGAGGAUGGUAUCAUCAGAAGCAAAAUCGUCACCUUGCCAUGCUCUUGGAUUAGGACUAGAAAGACAUGCUAUUUCUGGCACGCCCACAGAGAUGGGUAAUUUAGGACUCCACAAGGGCUCUGCUUUCCAGGGAUCAAAACCUCUGGGUAUGUUACCAGGAAGAGUGGGACCAGAAAACAAGGGACUUCCACCUUGCCUUCGCUACGGAGAGACACUACACCCUCCUUUGGGCACAGUACAUGCAAGUCCACAGGCCUCAGGGAGCACGAGGAGGCCUCUAGCCUGUGGUUCUGCCUGGACGGAUGCCGUAGUGGAAAAGCAGCCUACUGUAGGCUCAGAACUAAGAAAAGAACUGGAAAAAGAGCCCACCUGUGUCGUGGUGAACCCCUACACAGAGACGCCCCCUAAGGAGGUAGACAUUGGGUUGCCACAAACCGAGGAAUCAGAUGAAGCCAAGAAUACAGAGCCUCUAAUAGGUUUAGUAAGAGAAUCUUCUGAAUGUCCAUUUGCUCAACAACUGGAAGAGAAAAAGGAGCCCGCCAGCACCGAACCGGGAGUGGAGCCUCCAGGGAACAUCAGACCUAUAUAUUCAGGGAAAUUCUUUGAUCGGAUGCCUUGCUGGCCAAGUGCUGGAAAAGUUAAACCAGUUGGAUACAGAGUUUCAACCUGUUUGACUGAAAAGCUUCCCAGGCUUAUGACUCCCCCAGAGGCAAAGAAGUAUUUCAACUUCAGAUAUCCUCCUGCUGGAGCAGAAAGAGUAUUUUAUGGCAGAGCAAAAGAUCCCCAAAUCGCACCUUAUUUGACACAUGGAUUAAGAUCUAAAAUCGCAAUUCCGGUGAGCUCAUUGAUAAAUCCACAGCCCAUCACCGCGUUUCAACAGAAAAUAAAAGACAAAAAAGAGUCUAUAUAUUUUAGCCAUCAACGAGCACCAUUGGGAAAAUCUCAUGAUCAAACACCAGGAUUGCCUAAAGGAAUGGAUGUGAUCAACACAACAUUAGGGACACCGACUAUCAGAGAACUGUCUGUUCGUGAAACUGUGAAUCCAUCAAAAUCCUUCGAAGAUGUGUUUAAAGAAGGACAGGAAGGACACGAUUUGUACACUGUCUCUCACAAUGAUUAUUUUGCAGGAGAAGCAAAGAACCGAAAGUAUAACCCAGCAAGUUUCCAUAGGUUUAACUUGUACGGAGUCCCGACGCCUCACUGUAAUGAUGGGCGCACCAUGGCUAAAGCUUUACAUUGGCUCCAUGAACUACAAAUCCAACACCUGAAUAAUGAUUAUUCUACAAAAAGAGCUGGCGAUCUCAUCCAUCACAGAGGCCCCGAUGAAUAUCUUCGUGGGAAGGACCGCCAGAGAGCCCUGGUUGCAGCUGCCCGCCACCACUUGAAGAAAUUUAAUCACCAGCACUUUGACACUUUGCUGCUAGCUUUCAGGCACUAUGACAAGAAGGGAGAUGGGGUGAUUGACAGAGCAGAACUGCAUGAAGCUUGUGUCCAGGCCAACCUGCAUCUAGACAAGAUGCUCCUGGACCAUCUGUUUGACUACUGUGACGUGGAUCAGGAUGGCUUGAUUAACUACCUGGAAUUUGCCAAUUUCCUUAACUGGAAAGACAGAAUACCUCUCACUGAGUAUGAGAAGAGGGUCAUCAUUAAAGGUAAAAAACCAGACUGUGAAAAUGUUACUGAGACUAGCAUGGGAGAAGUUGAACCAACUCUUCUGAUAAAUCCUGAAGACAUUGUCCCCAAAGAACCAGGAAGUUCAGAAGAGACCCUCCGGACAAUCCUGAGACCAGGUGACAAAGUUUCUGACAAGUAUAAGACAACUUCUUCUGAGAUCAACGCUGUUGUUGGAGCUGUUCCUUCUAUAUGUUACCCCAUCUACGGUGUUCCAACCAUUCGAUCUGACAUCCCUGCCCCCCGGAUUCGUCGAGUCAGUGACAUGAAUAACUACGGUGAAGACGGCAAUGCUUACUCCUUGCUGCACCCCUCCAUCUUCUCCCAGAAAGGUGUAUUCGAGAGAGACUUCUUCAAGACCAGGUCAAAGGAAGAGAUUUCAGAUAUAUUAACUAACAUUGGAGUCAAGCUUUCUGAAGAAGAAUUUGAAAAUGUAUGGAAUCUUGCCUCAAAAAAACACCAGCGAGGAGAAGUGUGUGUUGAAACCAUCAGGAACGUUCUAGAUGAGCUACUGCAUGCGGACCUCUUCAAGUGUAAAACGGCCAUGUGA